CCGCCGGGCCUGUUUCACCCGCCCGGCGGCAGCGGGGACACACAGAGACACGGGUACCGGCCGUCUGGGUCUCUGCCAUCCCGGGGCUGGACGGGGCCGGUUAGGCGGUGACUGGGGCCGGCUGCCAGGGCCGGGAAGCGGGAGGCUGCGGUGCCCCAGCCUCCUCCCCGUCACGGGAAGUACAUUCCCGUCUGGGCCGGGCAGUGGGAGCAGGGAGCCCUCCUGCUUCGACCUCCCUGUUUUUAAAAGCAGAUACAACGAAGUUAAAAGGUUCGGUGGAUAGCCUGAGUUAAAGGAAAAUGGUUAACGGAAGGGUAGACCAGUAAAAACCCGUCUGAGUCUCCUUCCCCUUCACUUCAGGCAGGUGAAGGCUCAGGGAAAGCUCAGUAACAGAGGAGCCCCCCGGCCUCGCCAUGGCCAUACCUAUUGCAGUUCUUGACUGCGACCUCUUGCUCUAUGGCCGUGGACACAGGACUUUGGAUCGCUUCAAGCUGGAGGAUGUCACGGAUGAGUAUCUAGUAUCCACAUACGGCUUUCCCCGACGGUUCAUUUACUACCUGGUGGAGCUCCUGGGAGCCAGCCUCUCUCGCCCUACGCAGCGGUCCAGGGCCAUCAGUCCGGAGACGCAGAUACUCGCCGCGCUAGGUUUCUAUACCUCCGGCUCUUUCCAGACUCGUAUGGGGGAUGCUAUUGGCAUUAGUCAAGCCUCCAUGAGCCGCUGCGUGGCCAACGUAACCGAGGCAUUGGUGGAAAGAGCCUCACAGUUUAUUCACUUUCCUGAGGAUGAAGCUACGGUACAGAGCCUGAAGGAUGACUUUUAUGGGCUGGCAGGCAUGCCAGGAGUGUUGGGGGUGGUUGACUGCACCCACGUGGCAAUCAAAGCACCCAAUGCUGAGGACCUGUCCUACGUGAACCGAAAGGGUCUCCACUCCCUGAACUGCCUGAUGGUUUGUGAUGCCAGAGGAGUCCUCCUGAGCGCAGAAACGCACUGGCCAGGCAGCCUGCCCGACUGUGUGGUGUUGCAGCGGGCAGCCCUUACAAGUCAUUUUGAAACUGAGCUACAUAAAGAUGGCUGGCUCCUUGGUGACAGCUCCUUCUUUCUCCGAACGUGGUUGAUGACCCCUCUGCAUAUCCCUGAGACGCCUGCUGAAUACCGUUACAACAUGGCGCAUUCUGCCACUCACAAUGUCAUUGAGCGGACGUUCAGGACCAUUCGGUCGCGUUUCCGCUGCCUGGAUGGGUCCAAAGGCACCCUGCAGUAUUCUCCAGAGAAAUCCAGCCACAUCAUUCUGGCCUGCUGUGUACUACAUAACAUCUCCCUGGAACAUGGGCUGGAUGUGUGGUCUUCACCAGCCACAGGGCACAUGGAACAACCAGAAGAAGAGUACGAGCAAAUGGAAUCAAUGGACUCGGAAGCCUGUCGUAUUCGUCAGGAACUUUUACUUACUCAUUUUAGCUAAUGAUG